UAUUCUUAUGAGAUGACCGCCACCAGUGCCAAACUCUUAAAGCUUGCCCUUCCGCUCGUCAAAGCCCAUGGAUUCACCCGAGAAGCGCUGUCCUUGUCGGCGUUAUCCCUACCCACACCACUAGCUAAUCCUCUCCCAGACGCGAGCGUGACUGCGCUGUUUGGCCCAGGAAACGAUGCAUGUAGGACGCUCGUGCAUGCGUGGCUUGAUGAUUCCAGGCGUAGGAUGAAGGAAGAGGCGACAGAAAAGAUGGGAAUGGGAGAUGUGUUGAAGGCAAGGCUAAAGAGCAACGAACCAGUGCUGGAGCACCUUCCAGAGGCGUUUGCACUCCUCGCUUCGUCUCCCUUAUUACCUCUACCUCUGCUCCCGGUGGACCCUGCGCCGAUAAUCAAACACGCUGCUCAAGUAUCUAACCAAGCGUGCUGGAUCGCUCGUAGCGAUGCGCAAGAGUCAUCUUGGUACACCCGCCGAGCAACCAUCUCCGCCAUCUACCUCGCCGCCGAACUUCACCAACUGACUUCCCCAAAGACAGCACCGGCAUUCUUGGAUUCGCUCCUCGAGAAUGCUGAGCAUGCGGGAAAGGCUUUGGACGAGACGGCUUUGUUUGCGAGUUAUGUUUGGAAGAGCUGGAGGGGGAUUGUGAGGAGUUCUGGGGUGUUGGUUUGAUCCUGAGAAGUGCGGGGUGUCGUUCACACGCGAGAUAUAUGUGUACUCGUUAGUACGUUUCUAAAACUACAUUUUCGAAGUUAAUGCAUGAUGCAAAUGUCAGGUCUAGUACUACCAUAUCGUUUACAUUAUACAUGAUCCGAUCACGGGUACUAGUUUAGGCUGGUAGAGGUAAACAAUUGUACCGACUAUGUAUAUGAAGCUGGACGAUGAUUCGUCGACUAGGGGCUAACGUACGUGGAACAAUGUUUGCUUCAUUUACCAGUCGGAGCUUACUCGGGUUCGUAAUUGACAUCAUUGACCUUGAUGGACUUCGCCUUCUUGUCUUGCC